GCAGAGGCACUUCCGGGUUGGCCGUGGGGCGGAAAAGUCCGUUGGCUUCUCUGCACCGUCGGGGCGUGAGCGCUCCCGGGGCUCCGGCCAAACCCGCCUCCCACCAGCGUCAACCUAUCAGUGUAUUAUAACAAACUACUUGACAGGCUACACAAAGAUGAUAUAUACAUUGGAUUUCCCAUUUUCACUACUAAUAUCGAUGGUCUUGAAAGUGCACUGGGAUUCAGAUGUUUCCAAGAAACUCUCUGUCAAUGAACAACUCAAGACCCUCCUCACUGAUCUCGGUUUAAUGCAGACAGCUUGAUAUCACGCAUCCUGCUCCUUACUCCAAGUUAAAUGAAAAAAACAAUUUUCUCUAAUCUUCCAUGAAUCUCAGUUGUUGCCUGUUAGUUUUGAUUGUUAGUGCGGGUCUGCCUGCUGCUUUUGCCCUGGAAAAUGUAGCUUCUAACAGGACAAUUACACCUGGGUCAAGAUCCAUUUCUCUGACUGCUUCACUUCAUCCAGUCUUCCGAGUCGUGGCAAAUUCUCCAGCACAUCAUGAUAUCAUAGCAAAGGAGGGGACCAGUGCUUUAAUUGAAUGUAAACUGAACAUCAGCCAGUAUGAAUUUAUCCUUUGGUACAACUCAAAAGGACAGCUGCUCAAUGAAAGAGAUGAAGGUGGAAGAUGGUUGAUCACUGACCGAAUCCUUAACAUUACCAGUGUAACUUUUGGUGACCGCGGGCGGUACACCUGUGCAGCCACUAAUCGUAAUGGCACCUCCUUCUACACAGUCACCCUGAGGGUUAUCUUCACAUCCGGGGACAUGAGCAUCUACUACAUGAUUGUGUGUCUGGUUGCCUUCACAAUCAUCCUCAUUUUAAACAUCACCCGUCUGUGUAUGAUGAGCAGCCACCUCCGCAAGACAGAGAAGGCCAUCAAUGAAUUCUUCAGGACAGAAGGGGCUGAGAAGCUUCAGAAAGCCUUUGAGAUCGCCAAGCGCAUUCCUAUCAUCACAUCUGCCAAAACGUUAGAGCUGGCCAAAGUCACCCAGUUUAAGACCAUGGAAUUUGCUCGAUACAUUGAAGAGCUUGCUAGAAGCAUCCCCCUCCCACCUUUGAUCCUGAACUGUAGGGCAUUCAUGGAGGAGAUCUUCGAAGCAGUGCGAGUUGAUGAUCCUGAUGAAGUUGGUGAGGAAACCAAACAGACCCAAGCCCUUGCUACCCAAGAUACGAUCUACCCCAUCAACCCAGAGCUCAAGCGCAGUAAUUCACCAGCAGGGGACUCGGAUGAUGGCUCCAUGAAUGAGCAGGGUCAAGAAAUAGCAGUUCAGGUAUCGGUCCACCUUCAGUCAGAAAUACAAAGCAUUGACACUGUUUCCCAUGACAGCUGCCAUACUGUACCUUCCGAAGAAGAGGUCUGCUGAAUCCAGCGAGGUGGGAUUAUUAAAGCUGCGUCUGAUUUCUGUAGGGUGUCGAGAAAAAAGGAACUCUAGUCAAAUGUGCACAAGAAAUAAUGAAUCUUUUUCCAGAAUAUGAGGUGCCAAAACUUUACCUAAAUCUGUGCGUUUCCUCAUCUAUGUUUCUCAGUGCCGAUCUAUAGAUUUAAGCCUGCUUAGAUGAGGCCAUUUAGAAUACUCCUUCGCAACAAUUUUGUAAAGCAAACUUACUCCACUGGAAGCAUUUCACAAACGGGAUAAUUCACACUCAAUUUCUUGGUCACCUCAGUUACUGUAUCAGAGGUGGCUAAAUUGAGCUAAACACGUGCCAUAGGAUCCUUUCCUUUGUGAACUGUUUCUUCAUAUACACAAAGAAAUCUGAAUUCUUUCAGAUUCAAGUCUGCCUGCAUUAUUGUCCUGAUGAUUUGAGAGGUGUGCUCUUUUUGAGUUGCCUCUUGAUGUGUGCAGCCCAUCAAAACUAUGGGCUUCGGCAAAUCUGCUUUGUGUAUUUUGCUUUUGUGUUGCCAUCAAAACAUACUGUACUUAGAAUAAGGAAUAGUGCCAGACUGUGCAUCUGGAUUAAAUUAAUUGUCAUAGUUUCAAAGCAAUUUAUGGAAUAACCAGGGCUCUAAGGUUUUAAUGAUUCUGCAGAAACUUACCAAAACGCCAUUGUAGCGUAUGGAAAAUUAAAUCUUGAUUUUGACAUAAUCAGCACCAUGGUUAAAUGACCAAUAUUGGUAGAUGCCGUACCCUGUUUCUGUUUUACAUGGCAGGACAGGAAGGCAGCUCUGCUGGUAUUAUCUGUCCAUGAACCUUAUUGACUUUACUCACUGCAGAAAAUCCAAAGGAUUGUGGUGUAUUUGACAUUGCCGUGGGCAAGGGAUGACGAGUUGGUUGUCCUAAAAAAAAAAAAAAAUCUAGAGAUCAAAUGUCUCAGGCAGUUGUUUCUAAACAACAUUAACAAGAAAAGUGGGGGGAACUUAGGGCCAGAUUCUUAGCUGUGGAUAGUUAUGGCUAGUUAUGGCUCCCUGGUUCUGCUAUCUGCCAGUCGCAAGUCACUGGAGUGCAGUACCCGUCUGGCCAUGCCCUCUUCCAUUUCUAGCAAGCCCCAUGGUAAGAGCUGCAAGGAGAUGUAGCACAGGAGCUGACCACACAUUGCCCUGUGCUAGUUAGGGACUCUCCUGUGCCAGGAGAUUCCUCAGAGGAGGAGAUCCAAUCCCUAGGGACUAGCAUGUAGAAGAGACUCUGACCCCUAGUUUCGCUUUUUGGUGCUGAUCUUUUCCUUUUUUUUUAUUUUGUAUUUCUUAUUUUUUAUGUAACAUUUAUAAGUGUAUCACUUUAAUCACACUUUAUUUCCAGUUGCGAUUUAAAUGUAUGUAAGGCUUGUAAGCACUCCACAAAUUAUUUUCUUACAACUGUUGGGAGCAUAUUGCCAUAUAAUUUUAACAACUUAGCAACAGGAGCACCGCUUAGCUUCCCACAUCUCUUUCUUUGCUUCCUAUUUUUGAAAGGUGACUUGAACUAGUGGUUUCCGGAGGAAACAUUCAAGAUUUUUCAGAGGUUUUCAGGUUACGUUUACAGGGGUGGCGGUGGAUGACAAACAGAUAUAGGAGUGCCAUUCUACAAAGCAGAGGAAUCUGCAGUAAUACAGCCUUGUAAUAAAUGGCAUGAGUAAAUCAUAUUUACGUGUCAGUAUUAGAGACCGAGAGGGUGAAGCAUUUUUAAGUUCUUUCCCGAGACGCUUCUGAAGUCAAACACAAGCAACGCAGGUCUAGCAGAGCUUGUCUUCACUGAGAGGCCUGUGUUUAUCAGGAACAUAGGAAUUGCUGACUGGAUCAGCCCAGUGAUCCAUCUAUUCCAGUCUCCUGUUUCUGACAGGUGGCUGUGCUUCAGAGGAAUAGAUCUGGAAUAACCUGUCCUUCGUGAUAGAUUCUUCUUCACGCUCAUAUAGCUAGAGGUUGUGUAUGCUCCUCUUCAUCUUAAGGGUUUAUAUUCCUCUCUUGGCUCUUUGUUUAUUCUUAAAUAGUCAUGGUUAUAACUCUGGAUAUUUUUGUUAGUCAGAUAAAUGGCCAGUCCUUUUUUGCAUCCUGCUAAACCGCUGGCCUCAGUGAUUCCUGGCGGCAGUGAUUCUGCAGGCUAACGGUGCAUUCUGGUGAAAAGAAUUUCCUUUGGUCGAGUUUGAAUGUCAUAGCUCAAAGAUGUUACGGCCAGAAGGGGUAAUCGUGUAGUCUGACCUUGUACAUCCCCCAGGCCAUAGGAUUUCCACUUGGCCAUGCCCCUCUGUCAAACUGUCACACUACAUAUGGUGGCGGCAUCCUUGAUGUUUUUGUCCCCAUGUUAUAAAUGCAAUUUGGAGAUGGAACCAUAAAAUCAAGGCUUCUUUUAAAUACUUCCAAACCAGCAGACACGCAAUAAUGAUUGACAGAUGUCUCAUCAAAAAUGGCAGCUUGCAUGCAACAAAAUGACGCUGGAGCUAUAUGCGAUCAGUGUAAGAGAACAGCUCCCGAUUUAACUGAAUCUGUUCUGUAAUUUGUAUAGUUUAGGUAGAUAACACUGCGUUCUUAAUAAACCAAGUCUGUAUUUGCCUAUCUAGCUGUUUCAUCUGGUGUCUGAGUAGCAGAGAGAAAGGACUUGUUCCAUUAGGCCAGAAAAUACAGAAAUGAUGUGCUGGAUAGUUUGUUUAUUUUUAAAUUCCAAAAUCAAGUGGUCAGUUUGCCAUAGUAAUAAGUCAUUUCAUUUCUGGGAGAGAGGCUGUUUUGUAGGAUUUUCAGUACAUAAGUAGUAUUUAUGAAGUGUAGGGCCCAAUCUUGUUUCCACUGAACUUCAUCAGAGCAGGGUUGGAACCUUAAUAUGACAUCAACGAGUGUAUUGAACAGAUUCCUAUGACACUGGGAACCAGGAUGAUGUAGAACCCAUAAUUUCCAAAUAAUGAACCCUAACAUAGUGGUUUCCAAACAGGUUGACCUAUUGCUCCCAUGUUAGUGAUAUCUGUUACUGCUUGAAUUUUUUGAUACAUCUAACUAAAAUUUAUUUUGGAAAGAUUACUCAAACAUCGUCGGGGUGGGGGGGGUUAAACUCCUUGUAAAAAAAUGCAUGUUUUUUCUUGGCUUCAGCUAAUGUCUCUGACAAUCACAAGGCUGUUUUAUCUUCUCUUCUGAACCUCAAUUUGUUUUUUGUACUGUAAACUCUACUCGUUAGCCAAGAUUGUAUUUACAAGUAACUUUGUUUUGGUUAUUUGUAUUCUGUAGAGUGUAAUGUGACUGUGUUAUAUAACAACAUUAUGAGUCAUACUUUCAUAAAAUUAAUUGGUAGAUUGUCAGAAUAAAUUUAGCAAAAAAACCUGUGA